AUGGAGGAUGCACAGGGGGUGAUGCGAGGUGGCUGUCGCGAGUGCAGUUGCAGGCGCUACGUUCUGCCCAUGGUCAACCGCUGCGACUACUGCAACCACCUGCCCAUCGCCCACCAGGAACUGCAGCCCGCCCCCGUCGCAGCGCCAUCUUCUUCCUCCUCUACAAAGCUGGCCACCAGCCCCCGCACGAAGCAUCUCUUCCAGCAGCAGGCACCACCCUCCCCUGCUCAGCAGGUGUCCAAGCCACACCGCAACGGCGGCAACACUUCAUCUUCAUCUUUGGCUUCAGACCCACUCGAGUCCGCCUCUACCGCGGCCGCGGCCGCCUCGCUGCUGGCCUACGUCGAGGCCCAGCUCCACAAGAGGAACGGCACCACACCAUCGUUGCUGCCCCCGCAGGACCCGCCUCCCGCCGCCGCCACCGUGCUGGCGUCGCAGUCCAGCGUCGACGAGCUGCUUGCGCUGCUACCCUUCCGCUACAUUUUCUUCUACGACUUCUUCUGGUACUUCUCCUGUACAUACAUCUUCGCCAGCGUCGGCGUCGUCAUCGACCACACCGGCUACGCCCGCUGCCAGCGCGGGACUCGGGCUUCAUCGUCAGCGCUGGCCGCCGCCGCCGAGGCCAACGGCGUCGACUGCACAGCGGCGCCCGCGGUGAGUGCUGCCGUGCGGCGGAAGAAACCGGCGAUCACGGCAGCGGCGGUGGUGGCAGCCGCGACCAAGGCCGUGACCGUGGCGGCGACACCGGCGACUCCCGCAGCAGCGGCGGCGGACGGCCAGCUGACUGCAAAGAAGAACCGGGCACGCAAGCGCGGCGCGCGCGCCCGGAGCCGGAGCAAGGUGGGCGGCGGGCUGGAGCUCCCGCACGGGACCGAUGCGUCGUCGUCGACCAACAGCAACGGCCACCCCGGGGACGAAGAGGACGACGAGGCCGAGGCCGAGGCCGCCUUCGACGACGACCACGAACGCGACGAGCUCGACGCCGAGUACGCCGACGAGCCCAGCGGGCUCGCUUCCACCAGCGACCACCACCAACAGCAGCAGCCGCAGCCGCACGAGGCCCACUCGAUACCCGACGAAGCGGCGCAGUCGGCGACGACGGCAAUGACUGGCGGGCAACAGCAGCCGGAGCCGUUCGUGAGGCGGAACACGGGCGGACGGCGGAGGCCGCAGCAGGAGAAGGUGGAGGAGCUCAUCCCGCUGUCCUUCCUCACCAACGCGCUCUUCACCCCGCCGCCGCCACAGCCGCAGCCGUCUGCUGACGUACCCGCGCCGGUGGAGACCAAGCGGGUCAAGGGCGUGGGCACCGGCGACCCUAAAUUUUCCAUCACCAUCACCAAGUGCGUGAACAAGACGCUCAUGUUUCACACGAUCUCGGCGAUGCCGGAGUACUGCGGCAAGUCGUUCGAGGAGCUGCGCUGGGAGGACUACCAGCUGGGCAACCGGGGCACCCAGACCCGCCCGAGCCUCUUCUCCCUCAUCGACACCUCGUCGCCGCCCUACCCCCUGCCCUCCCCCGCCACAGCCGUCGCAUUCGACCGCGCACCAUCGCCGCCGCCGGCCUCGCUGCUGCCUCGCUCCCUGCAGGGAUUCUUCGAUUCCGCCGUCGCUGCCACCGACGCCGACGCUGACGCGCAGCCGCCUCUCGACUUGCUGCCGCCGCCACCGAUGCCCGUCGCUUGUGCCGGCCACAGUGCAAGGGACGAGGCCGACGCCGAUGGUGGUGAAGAAGAAGAGCGAAUCAUCUAUCGGACGCCGUCGAAGACGCUUCUCGACGACAAGCCCGCGAGCGCUCCGUCGCCGCUGGUGCUGACGUCAUCGACAUCAGCACCGCCAGCACCGCACAAGGAAGUCGACGCGGCGCAGCUUGCGCCAGGUUCGCGGCUGCGCGCGCGAAACGCGGCGAACCGCACGCGGGUGACGCGCCUCUACGAGGAGCUUUACGAGCUGGUCGAGCAGCUGGGCCGGCAGGUCGCGGCGGCGGGCGACGAUGGCGACACGACGACGCCCGCACCGUUGUUCGAGGCCGACGCGCUCCUGCACCGCAUCCACGCCGCGACGCGCGACUAUGCCUUCGCGCCCACGGCGCCCGCCGCGUCGCUCUUCACCAGCGGCACCCCGCUCUCGCCGCCGCUCUUCGCCCUCCCGCCGCCGCCCCAUUCGCCUUAUUCACCCCUGGCUUCGGCCUCCGCCGCCGCAGCCGCGGCAAUGGGCGCACCGUCGCCUGCACCGUCGCCAUCGCCCGGCUUCAGCGCGCUGUCGCCCGCCCCGUCGGCCCCCGUCUACACGGCCUUCCCGCCGCCGGCGUCGUCGCCGUUCGCGCUGCGCUCGUUCCCGGUGCCCAUGGACCUGUCCUACUUCAAGCGGUACUACAUCAAGGGCUCCUACGUGCCAUUCCUCGAGGACUUUGCGCACGAGUUCAAGGACGUGGCGCGCAACAAGAAAGAGCACUACUUCGCGAUCAUCAACCACCCCAAGCUGGAGGCCAACCUCUCCGCCUUCCUCAACUCCCGAGACGGAGGGACGCUCUACUUUGGCAUCCACGACAGCGGGCAGGUGAUCGGGGUGAGCAUCACGCGCGACCAGCUCGACUCGCUGAAGAACAUGAUCUGGGCCAAGAUGGAGACCUUCAACCCGGUGCCCGACCCGCACCUCUACCGGAUCGAGAUCGUACCGGUGUGCAACGCCCGGGCCACCGCUCUCAUCAAGGACCUCUACGUCGUCGAGAUCCACAUCACCGGUGGUACGCGGCUCUAUUUCAACCGGGAGGACAGGGCGUGGGUGCGGCGAGACGCCGGCAACCACUGCCUCAAGAGCGGCGCCGAGGUGCGCGACUUCAUCGAGCAGCGCGGCAAGGAGCGCCGGCAGGAGAGGCGUGGCGAGAAGCGGAGGUCCGACCACCACGACUCGCCGGCAUCGUCGUCGUCGUCGUCCUCCACGUCGAUGGACACCAACCUCGACGACGGCGGCGGCCUGACCAUGAGGCCCCUGACGCCGCGAGCCCACAGCGGCGGCGGCUCUGGAAUUCGAGGCACGCUAGAGAGUGGUGGCGUGGGAGCAGCAACAACGACAACACCGGGGCCGGCGUCGUCGGCGUCUGCAGCGCUGCAGCCGAGUCCUGUGCCGCUGCUCUUCCCGCUGCGCCGGCCGGUCCAUCGUGACGGCCGGGUGGCGCCGGUGUGGCUCAAGACCUGGAGCGGCACCGGUCCGGCCGACGGUUCCCAGCAAGCCACAGCGGCCGAAGCCGCCAAUCCCGGCGAUCGCCGCGCGGCCGGCGAAGUGACCGCGACUGCGAGCAAGAAGCCGAAACGCGCCACGACGCCCGACAACGCCGUGGUCGAUGCUGUCAUUUCUAAUGCCGAGGCUGACGCCACCGCCACCAUUUGUCGACACGACGGAGAACGCGGUGGCGAGGCCGACCACGGACGGGCUGCGGCGGCCCCUGACACGGCUGAGGAAAUGACAGCAGCUGCGCCGGUGGGCGACGAGGGCCUUCUCGACCACCGGCCGGUGGGCGUCACGAAUGUGGAGACAACCGACAAGCGCGAAGAGGUGGCGAAAGAAGAGAACGAGGUGCGUUCGCACACCGCGCAGGAGGCGGAGAACUGCGAGCAGAAGAUGCGGGACCUGGAGGCGGACCUGGCCAGGCUGAGCGCCGACACCAGCGAACUCGUCUCCCUCUCGUGGAUUCCGACCCCAGAGGCGGCCGCGACCUCCGCCGCCGCCGCCAGCAGCGACGAGACGACGACUCACGCCGCGUCGCCCGACUUCCUUAAGGAGGCGACGGCGCCCGCGAGCGAACUCAAGGAGCGGCCCGCGAGCCCGGCAGCAGCCGUCGGCGACGAUGCCACCGCAGCCAACAUCAACACCGAGGACGGCACCGAUGCUGACGUGGCACUGGCCGCCGGUGGUGAUGUCCCCAGCGCUGCAGCCCUGGUCGUUGUCGACGAUAAUGAUCACCAGGGACAGAGCGGGCAGAGGAAGACCGACGCCGUCGCGGAGGAGGAGGACCCCGACGGCGACGGUGAAGUGGAGGUGAAGGCGGACGAGGCCAUUCUCGCGUUCGGCCCGACGCUGGGCGUGACCAGCGACGGGAUGAGGGGCGCGUCCACGGCGCCGCCGGCGGCCACCGGCGCGCUGCCGCCGUUCUCCUUCGCCGACUUCUCGAGCUCGUUCUUCUCCUCCUUCAGCCUCCCGUCCUCCCUCUACUCACCCUCGCCUUCGACCUACUCGCCCGCGCCCCUCUCCGCCACCAACACCACCGCCGCGCCGACGUCGUUGUCCUCUUCAUCUUCGCCACCAUCUUCGCCAUCGCCAUCGGCGUCGCCGGCUCUGCGGUCGUCGACCAAGCGCUCGCUGGCGGCCUUCCUGCCCUCGGUCGGUGCCAAGGCGGGCCGCAUGGCCUCGCCGUCGCUUCUUCCAUUGCCCGCCGCCGCUGCCCCUCUCGACGCUACGCCCACGCCCGGCGUCGACCGCGGCUCGACGGCGACGGCGACGGCCGCUGCGGCGGAUUCGGAGGAGAAGAAGGUGGGCAAGAACAGGAGGAAGAAGGAGCAGCGAAUGCUGAAGAGCAACGGCAACAGGCCGGCGAUUUCGACGGCCAACACCGAUGAGGUUAGGCCGACGAAGACUGACCACGCCGAUGGCAGCGCCGACGAGAGCGAAAGCGAAGGCAAGACGGAGGAGAACGAGACGGAGACGGAGAAGGAAGAGAAGGAGAAGACGAUGGAGGCCGAGCUGGAGAAGCUGGAGCGCGAGCUGGAGGCGGACCGACGCCAGUUCGUCGCGCAAUUCGCGUCGUGCUUCGCCGACCUGGCCAUCGGCGGUGCAUCACGUGAGGCCGACGCCGAUGACGAAGCCAAAGCUGAUGGGGUCGCAACCAGCAGCUGA